GUUUUGUCGCUCACAGUGAAUCGUUUAGUCAGCUAUAAUGCAGAGAAGAACGCAUGUCUUGAGGGAUGUCUUCUACCAGCAAGCCCAUAUGCAGGAUAAUGGAGGCAGGUGGAGGAAAGCGAGGGAGAUGAAGUGCAAUGAGAAAGCCAGAGCUCAAAUCCCAGAGUCCAGCGUAGGAGAAGACAGAGCCAUUCUCUUGGGCUUCACCAUGAUGACCUUCUCCAUCCUCAUGUACUUUCUGGUAGGAAUCGUGAUGGUGAAACCAAGUCUGUACAGUGACUGGAAACGUAAUAACUGCACGCUGGUGCAGAUUGAUCUGGUGGAUGAAGUGAUGGAUUGCCGUGGAAUCGAUAGCUUUAAAUGUCUGCGUGUUUUGGUGAACAGCACCCCUGAAAAAACGCAUCGACUUUACCACGAUGAAGACACCGUCAAAAACAGGCCAAAGUGUUUCUACACUCCGAAAUGCCAACGAAAUAAGACAGAACAAGAGGAAGAGGCCAAUAACAUCACGGAUGUGUUUGUGAAAGGGGAUAAUAUGGCGUGCUAUCUCAGUGCAGCACACCCAAAUGACGCCAUCUCUAGGAGGAAAUACACCGUUCAGAUGGCUUUGUACUACCUGCUGUGGCCCAGCCUCAUGUUGUUCGGUGGAAUCCUGCUGGUGGGGCUGGUGAAGCUCAACCAGCAUCUUGCUUUCCUCUGCACUGAGAUCACUAGAGAGGAGUUACUGGGCAAGCAGAGUAAACUGACGGAGGGUGGGAUCUGCAGGUUCUUCAGAUGGAGGUCUGGAGGCCCCCCGGAGCCGACAGAAACAGUCAGAUAGUAUAAUGCGCCCCUACUGCAGUGGGCAGGUUAGUCGUGAUAUAUAAUCAAUGUCUUAUGAAGUUAAUGAAGUGCCUUACACUAUAUUGCCGUAGUUUUUUAUACAUUUUGAGUGUUCGUUAAAAUCAAAUGAACCAUUUCAAGAGGUUAUAUAGAUGCAAGAGAGAAUGAUCUCAACUGAUUUUAGCAUUAGUGAAUGGGUGCCAUCAGAAUGAGAGCCAGCUGAUAAAACCAGCAGUCCCAUCCAGCCAGUAACAUUUUGUGAAGAAAAAAGCUUUUUAAGUAAACUAUUUUUUUAUUUUAAUAACGGUGAGGGGGAAAAAAUAUGUACAAAAAAUAAAUAAAUAAAGAUAAUAUGCCGACAAAACAUUACGAUUACUCACAUUUCUUUUAAACUUUAAAAACACUAUGCGUAAUUCAAAAUAUGAGUGACAAAAAAUCAUUCACUAAUCUAUCCCAUUUAAAAUCCUGAUGUUAAAUGAACUCUUAUUAUUCAUCGAAAAAUAUUUAUGAUAACAUUCCCAAGGCGUAUAGCGGAUUAGAAAAGUGUCGAAAGGUUAGAAGUUUUAACGUUUGGAUUAUAUUGCAUAAUUAUUCGCUAUAUUGAAUUAUUAAUAAAGCCCUUCUACAAACAGCACAAACUCCGUCUGGAACAGAGCAGCAGUUCAGAGAUUACGAUACAG